AUGAUCGAGAGAGUUCACGUAGGGAGGUUGAGGAGAAGGAUCAGUGGGAUCGAGUGGGUUCAGUGCUCUGGAUUUAUCGAUGAUCUUCACUGUAUUUAG